UUACGUUCUCCAGCCUAGAGCUAUGGCACUAGAGCCUCCAGGUUGCAGCCGUACGCGUCUUGGUCGCUCUGCUUUCGGUACCGUCGCUAAGCUAAUUUACCCAGGCUCUGUGGCUCCUCUGCCUUCAUCUUAAGUUCGACAUGCCGGAGUACCUGGACGACCCGUCUGUGCUCACCAAAGACAAGCUAAAGAGCGAGCUUGUUGCUCACAAUGUGGAACUUCCGAGCGGCAACCCGACCAAGGACGUGUAUGUGCAGCUUUAUCUAAAGAACCUGACGGUCCAGAACGAGAGGAAUGUCGCGGCCGUAGUUCUGGAUGCGUUCUCCAGCGACGAGGAGCUGCCGCCUGUCGUGGCCUCCAACAGAAGCCGCUCCUCCGGAAGGAAAGCCACCAGGAAAUCAAACAAACAUCAUCUGGAGCAAGUUGACAUCACAUCACUUACUGAUGAGAGCCUGAGGGACGAAUUGCAAAAGCAUGGAAUGAAAGUGGGGCCAAUUGUAGACUCAACUCGUGAACUGUAUCAGAAGAAGUUACAGAAGUUAUUGGAUGACGGUCCUGCACAACCGUUUCCCACAGAAAUACAGAUCAACCACAAUGGCAACUCUGAGUCUGAAAUCUACAGCGACACAGAGGACGUAGUGAUGGCAGUACCAGAACCUGUGAUUGAACCUGAACCAGUUCCAGUGGUGGAGACACAAGUGAGGAGCAGAGGGAAGUCCCCAGCUAGCAGUCAUACCACCAGCAGCAGCAAGAACCAGGCGGUUGAGAAAAUCACUGCCAAUGAUCAGACGCUGAAAGUGGAGAAAGAUGUUCUGAAGGAGCUUUUUCCUGAUAUAAACAGUCCAACAGGAAUCGGUGCCAGCUGCCGAAAGCCCAUCCGAGGAGCAGCUGGACGCCCGCUAAUCUCCAGUGACUUAUGGAGUGAUGAGAAUUCCUGUCUGUCUCCAAAAACGACAAAGACUAGCAGCUACUCCUACACAGGGAACCAUGCAGUCAACAGAGUGUCCAGUUUGAAUCCCUCCACCUCCUUCACAUCUUUUAGCUCCUCUAGUUCCUCCUCCUCCAAGCUUUCUGCUACAGCUCCAUCUGCAGGUCCAAACAGAGCAGUGCGGCGCAGCAUGACUUUAUGGAAAAAACUGGCCCUGGUUGCUGUUUUGGCCACAUUUGUGAUUUUUGUUUACCUGGCGAUGGAGACCAACUCUGUCAGCCCAUUUCAAGCCUCAGACUCAAAAUCAGUUGCAAGUGGAACACCAUAAAGAGUGCAUAUAUAGUUUGGAGGGGCCUAGUCUCUGACAAUGCCUCUACUUCAUUUUUAAGGUGUGAAUCUGCAGUGUAGCCAGUUUUUCUUACCUCAAGAUUACCUGAUGUCAAAUUCUAUUUUUUAAGGAAGUGUCUUUCUUCCCUAAUCAGUCUCAAGUAAAGGUCUAAGAAGUGAUGUUUGCCCCAAAGGAUUACUUUGAGCAGCUGUGAAAGGAUUGACUUUUCUCUUGCUGUGUUGGUCUAUUCUUGACCCUGGACUUCUACCAGAAUUACCCACUGAUCAUUUUUUAGAAGAAUAAACAAGAAGAACUUUCUUCUUAAGAUGUUUAAAAAAAAUCAUCUUAACAUCAUCAGUUUGGUGUUUAGUUUUGUAAUGAAAUGUGUGUUUCCCAUCUGUUAGCCUUCUCAGGCUUAAAGGUAAAGCUUAGUUUUUUGUACUUGGACCAUCUUUGUUGAUGAGAGGAUGGCUUGUAAACAAAAUCCAGAGGCUUUUAAAACUUCAAUUCUUGAUAUAUUUUCUUGAGGCUUCUUGUAAAACAUAAUUGAAUUCCUUUAUUUCAUUCUUAUGUAGUCAUAUUUCUCUCUAAAUAAACUUUAGUGUUUCAGUUUGCUCAUUAUGCCAUUUUUGAUCCUCCUGUUAGAAAUUGUGGCAUUUAUCACUUUAUGUUUUGUGCUCUCUUGAAUAGUUGUUUCUAUAGACACCAGCUUUCUGUUUUUAGUAACAACAUCCACAAUGGCCACAAGGCUAGACAGGGAAAGGUAUGAACGCACCAUCAGAACAUUUUACAAUGGAUUAAACAAGAUGAGAGAUACUUGAUCUAAAGUAGAAUUCAACCUCUCAACAAGUUUGCAGAGCAAAAACAACCCAGAUAGGAAAAUGAGUGAAUCAACAUUGAAACAAAGUUGGGCAGAAACAUUGGAUCCAUAUUGAAGCCUGACAUUAAAACGAUACUGAAAGUGGUCGGUGACUUGCAUGUUGAAUCAACGUUGGGGUUUCAACCAUAACUGACAUUAUAUCAAUGUUGAUUCAACCAUCAUCUGAAUGUGGAUCUGCAUGCAUAUUUGUGUUGAUUUUAUAUUGAAUCAAUGUUUGGAAUUAAUGUUGACUCGUACAUUUUUUGGCCUGAUAAGCCUACAUCAUAACAUACCAUUAAAAGUUUCUUCACUGCUGUUAAACACA